AUGGCUUUGUGCACAGAACAUAGUCCCACAUCGAAUUCGAACAAUUACAAAAGUCAGAGAAGAAAACAGGCAACAAACCACACACUUCAUUUCCCCCAAACCAAAAGGAAACACUCACAUCACAUACAAUUCUUCAAAGAAUCCCCAGCACCCUGGAAAAAACAGCACGAUAGCGCGAAAUCCGCAAUGAAAAUCCCGACCAACGACACCACCACAGCCGAAGUAGUCGACUCCCCCACACCCUUGGCCCCACCCAUAGUCGUCACCCCCCACGCGCAGCUCACCACCGAUAUAAUCCCACCGAAAACCCCCGACUUUAUCAUGGAGCUCACAAUGUCCCACGACCUCAAAGCCCGUCUAGCCGAAUUAAAUAUUAUAUUAAUACUCACCCCAUAA